GAAUGUUUGUCGGUGAAGUUAUCAAAAUAUUAUCUUUUGACGAUUUUCAACAUAAUAAUAAACUAAAAAUUUGAUAACUUACUAAUUACUCAUUGAUUAAUAUCCAAAAGUAUUUUCUUUUUAAAAACAUGAAAUAUGUGCAUGUACAUCAUUCAUUACUUUUCAGUUUACAAGGGAGAAUCUAGGGUUUGGGAGAACUAUUUGCUGCGAUGAAAACACGGCGGCAGCACGCCGCUGAGGACGCUCUGACAAAAUCCCGACGCAAAACGCAAUCUCCGGUCUCAGUUGGAAUCUCAGAGACGAUCCCUUUUGAUCUCAUCAUCGAAAUACUCUUGAGGUUGCCGUUGAAGUCGAUAGCUAGAUGUCGCUCUAUAUCCAAGUCUUGGGCUUCCAUACUCCGCCGUGAAGAUUUCACGGAGCUGUUCAUCACCAGGUCUCGAGCUCGUCCGCAAAUCUUGAUCUCUUGCGUAGAAAACAAUGAGUCGUUGUUAUUCUCGAUACCUCAAGUCCAAAAGCCAGGUGUUAUAGCCGCCAAUUAUAUUAUGAGGUUGCCCUGUACACAUUACUCUAAAAAUAUUGGUUCUCUCCGCGGUUUAGUCUGUUUUACACAUAUUGGGAAGAAUCAUAAAACAGAGCCGGUGAUAUGUAACCCUAGCACAAGACAAUUCUUAACUUUACCCCACGUGAAGACCAAGAAUGUUAUCGUUGCUAGCUUUCUUGGGUUUGAUCCAAUUGAUAAACAAUUCAAGAUAUUGUCCACAACGACUCAUAGAAAUUGUGAAGAGUAUCAAGUUAUGACUUUAGGGACUAAGAAAAAGAUGUCUUGGAGAAUGAUCAAAUGUUGCAUAUCCCAUUCUUAUGUUCAACAUGAUGGUAUAUGCGUCAAUGGUGUUAUAUAUUAUUUAGCUGGUGUCAGUAGACCUCCAAGGGCUAUUAGCAUAAUUUGCUUUGAUGUUAGGUCUGAGAAGUUCAAAGUUAUUAAUAAAGCUAAGGAGAUGUUACUAUGGAGUCUAUCAACUCUUGUUAACUACAAGGGUACAUUAGGUGCCCUUUUGUCUGAAGGGUAUGCCGAAGUUACCGGAGAAACAAAAUGUUUUGAGUUGUGGGUUUUAGUAGAUGCUGAUAAACAUGAAUGGUCGAAGCAUAUAUCCAUUUCGCUGCCCCCGCUGUGGAAGAAUAUAGUUACUGAGGACAGUUUAUACUUUGUUGGAGUGACUGGUACAGAUGAAAUCGUGUUGUCGCCGCGCUAUUUAUCCGAGCCUUACAGUUUCUAUGUUUACUACUACAACAUUGAGAGCAAUACAAUCAGAAGAGUUGAAAUCCAAGGAAUGGAUUCGUUUAGGCAUUGUAAAAUUCGCCUCUCUCUAAACCAUGUAGAGGACGUGAAGCUUUUGCAAUAUAUUUAGGACUUUAUAACUCUAAGACUUUAUACUACAAGGUCAUGGGACUUUACUUCUCCUUAUGCUAUUUAAUGACUAUUCUCUCUUUUUUUGUUUGUGUGAUGGUGGAGACUGAAUCAAUCUCUGUGUUUACAGUUUAGCCUUUUGAAA